GGUUUCUGUGUAAACAAUAUGGCGGCGCCCUGGUAGAGUGGCAUAUGAGAAUAUUAUGAGCUAGAGCGUACUGACGAACAGGACUUCCACGUAGGCUCAUUCUUACCACCGGGAUAGCAUAUCAAGUGUUACCAUGAAAGGUGUUAUAUUCCAAAGACUGAACUCGAAAUGCAUGCCGCUAGCAUUGUGCCUCGGUCGAAAUGUCACCGGAAUACAUUGUUACCCAAGAAUGCCUGUGCAGCGGACCUUAUUCACCAGAAAUACGAGCCUGCUCACAAGAGUACUGCUGAGGACACCGAAGACAGAGAUACGAGGGGCAGCUACUGAAAAGAAAGGAAAUAAAAAUGUUGCCUGGGCUGUGGCACUGGCAUUGACUGGUGUAUGUGGCAUCGCAUUCUACGUCAUGGAUAGUAUGGAUCAGAAAAGAAAAAUAGGUAAAAUAAAGCAGAAUAUAGAGAGCAGUGGUAAUAUAGAAAUAGGAGGAAAGCCCUGGACACUCACUGACCACAAUGGCGUGGAGAGGACAGAUAAGGACUUUUUAGGACAAUGGGUUUUGUUCUACUUUGGGUUCAGCCACUGUCCCGAUGUGUGCCCGGAGGAGCUGGAUAAGUUGGCUAAAGUAGUGGAGGCCUUCAAUGAACGAAGCGAUCUCCCAAACAUCCAGCCUUUGUUUGUCACGAUUGACCCGGAUCGGGACACACCAAAGGUCAUUAAGAAAUAUUGCAAAGAGUUUACACCAACACUACUUGGUUUGACUGGAACACCAGAACAAUUAGAAAGUAUCAGAAAGACCUACAGAAUAUUCUUCUCUACCGGACCAGUAGACGAAAAUGGAGAUUAUCUGAUUGACCACGCCAUAAUCAGUUACCUUGUGAAGCCAGAUGGAUCGUUUGCAGAUUAUUAUCCAAAGCGAGUAAAUCAGAAGGGAAUGAUCCAACAGAUUGAAAUUCAGAUGAAAAAAUAUGAAAAAGAAAAACAGAAACAAUAAGUUUAGCUUUAGAUUUCAAAACGGAAAAGAAAAUCCAAUUAAAUUCAAUUCAAGCAGAGCUUGAAAAAUAGAGAAAAGACAAAACAGAAGUGAGAAAAAAACUGGACUGCUGUAAAAAUUAUGAAAAUGAAAUAUUAUUAAGAUAGAUACUAAAUGUACCUACCUUUAUAAAGGGUUAUAAAGAUAUCUUAUUUGCAUAAUAAUGUAAUAUUAUCAUUACAUGGAGUGUAUUCAUAUAUUUCUGUACCAUAUUUUCAAACUUUUUCGGAUAUUUGUAAUUAUGUUAGAGAAAGUCAACAUCAUGCAUAAAGUCUGAGUUUGUAAAACUGGUUUAUAAUUUAUGUAUGUGUCAAUUAAUUUAAGCUCCUGCUGUUAAGUGUAAGAUCUAAUGUUAUGGUCACUGUCAGAAGCUACUUUCCUAAGCAUAUACAGAGUUAUUGUCAUACUUUGUUUUGUAAAUAUAUCUUAGAUUAUGAUAAUCUGCGUGACAUUUCUUAAUCUGUCUGACUUUGUAUUCCAUUGCUUUUAUAGGUGUUUAAUAUAAACAGAAUAUCCGAAAUAUGAAAUGCAUGAUACAUGCAUGUGUGUCUUUGUUUUUCAAGAAGAUUUUAGUUGUAUGGAAGAUAAUGGCCACUUUGUCAUACUUGUGAAAAUAAAUGAAAUGUAUUUUCUUA